GUCCUUCCAACACUGCGCCGCAUCCGGGCACUCUCCCCUCUUGGCGGGGACGCGCAUGUGUGACUGGAGAGCCGCGGCACAAGUUUCUUUCAUUUCUAUCCCUCGUAGAAGCAAAGUGAUAUCCUUCCGCCUGCGCCGGAGAGAAAGUAAUCCCAGCUCCGCCGGCUCGGCAAGUGGCCUCCCGUCGGUAACUUCUCUCGGUAACAAAUUCCGGAGUGGGCUCGGGUGUGGGAUCUAUGUUCCCAGCUGCUCCGGGGAGUCGGUGGAAGCCUGCGGGGCACUUGUUCUCGGAUACGGAGUGAGUGAUGAGUCCGGUCCCCUCAGAACUUGCUCAGUCUCCUCCUCACAGCGGCCGCUGACUCCGCACUCCCGGACCGAAGCCGCCUGGCAUGGAGCUGCACAGCUUGCAGGAGGCCCUCCAGUGCCACCAGAAGCUGGCGGUCCGGAGCUGUCCUGUUGGUAGUGCCAAGCCCAUCCCGCUCAUCAAAUCCCCCAGCAGCCAGGGCAUCGCCAUAUCCGUCGUUCCAGCCAAAGCCCCCGUCACCAUGGUGACCGCACACCUCAACGGGCAGAAAACCACAAGCGCCGCAGCCGCCUCGGCGGCGAGCGCCAACGAACAGACCGCCCCAAUCAACCUUCAAACGUCGGGCAAACUGAUGGGAGGAACCUUAAAUCUGGCAACGAGGAGGGUGUCCGACAUAUCCCACGCACAGGCAUUGGGAACAAUAACGGCGGUGCCCAUCAAAGUCCCUCAGGUCAGCUCCUUGCACAGAUUGGCAGGACACGGCCCUGCAGUGCUACCUCAGGUUAGGCCAAAGACUCUGAUCCCCGAGAGCCUCCCCAUUUCCCCCUGCAGAGAGCAGCCUUCCAAGCAGCCCCCUACCUUUCAGAAAGCAACAGUCGUCAGCAUCAAAAAUCCCAGCCCCGCACUUCCCACCGCCAACAAUACGGUCUGCCGCAUCCCAGCCAUCCAGCCCCAGAGUGUCGUGGAGCCUUCGCUUUCAUCAUCUCUCAGCGGGGCCGGGGUCGCCUACGCCAUCAUAUCCGCUUCUCCCAGCAAUGCAAGUCCCAUUAACACCAGCACAGUCUCCGUGGUCAAUGAUGGUAUCAAAGUUCAGCCACUCCUCAUCAGCGCUGACAGUAAGGUUAUCAUUAUUCAGCCUCAAAUUCAGAGCCAGACAGAAUGCAAAACUGAAAUCAAGAAGCUUUCAGAAGAGAAACCUCAGGGAUCCCCAGCUGCCAAAAAGAAAAAGGAAGAAAAUCCAGAGAAAAUUGCCUUCAUGGUAGCGUUGGGCCUCGUCACCACUGAACAUUUGGAAGAGAUCCAAAGCAAACGUCACGAGCGAAAGAGGAGGAGUACGGCCAAUCCUGCCUACAGCGGACUCCUUGAACCCGAGCGGAAACGCCUUGCCUCAAAUUAUCUGAGUAACCCAUUCAUAUCAGGGAGAGCAAAUGAGGAUCCCUUUUGGAAGCAUGAGAUUACCCACGAUGAGUACUGCUCCGCGUGCAAACGAGGCAGUAACCUGCAGACCUGCGGCGCGUGCCCGAGGGCUUAUCAUUUAGACUGCGUGGAUCCGCCUCUGAAAGUAUUGCCCAAAGGAGUUUGGUUGUGUCCAAAGUGCCAACAGAAGCUAUUAAAGAAAGAAACUGUGCCAUGGAGCGGGGCCCUUACAUUGGUCCAGUCCUACGUGACCCACAAAUCAGUGAAAGAAGAGGAGAAGAGAAAAUUGCUAAAGAAAGGCACCGAACUGAAGAACGAGCAGCGGCAACUGGAGGGUCAGGAGCGACUGCUGAAUAAUGCCAUAAAGAAAUGCUUGGAGCUAAAGAGUAACUUGCUGGCCCAGCAGAAAGGGACCCAGUCCUCUCUGGAACGCCUCAAAACUCUCAUUAAACUGAUACAGAGUGAGCAGAUGAUUCAGGUCACCAUGACAACCACCGCCUCCCCCUCUUCCUCCUCUUCUUCUUCCUCCCCUCCGUUGACUGUCCCUUGGAUCAAACCAUCACCUGCCGUCGCCGGCGCUCUACACAAAGGCCCCCAGCACUCUCAGAGCCACGACUGACAGAGCCACGUGAAACAAUACUUUCAGCAACCGUUGCCAAGAAGAGGGAAGAUACAAAAAGGGGCUUUGGGGGGAGAGGAAUGGAACCGGCCAUUUGUGAGCGGUAGGACCUGCUUGGCACCAUGACACAGUGCUCAUCACUUUCCUCUGUUCCUUUUUACUUUGGCCUUAAUAUUCUUCUGAAUUCAACAAAAAAAACUUUAAGCAAAAAAAACAAAGGGCCAAGUGGACGAGUCUUGGAAGGGGGGUGGGGUGGGGGGGAACGAGCAUAAGAAAUAAAAAGGACUAAUUAUAUGGUAGAUUUAGAUGGGGCGGGGAUCUAUUUUGGGGGAACACAGAUGGGGAAAUAGGGAAUUUAAUGAAAUACAAAACCGCCAUCUUUGUUCAGGGCAAUUGUUUUACGGGACUGGUGGGAAAAUAAAAAAAAAAAAGUGGGGGGGGGGAUAAGUUUGGUGCAACUCGGAGCCUUCAAACAAACAGAUAGUUUUUCAGUAUUAACCUAUAAAACUCUCCAACCCGUCGCCUUUUUAGCGGGGGGAGAUGGAAGUAUUUUCACGCUCGUCGACGCGCGGCCGGACUUUCCCGCGGGUCCCCUUUGACUUUAUUUUUUUGCUAUCGAUGUAUUUUUCUCAUGGAGGUUUUCGUUUGUUUUUAUUUUCGUUCCAGAAAGAUUUAUCACAAAGACAAAGUCGGUAUAUUUGGCGAUUUAUUUAGAUUUUGGUACAAAAAAAACACUAUUUCUGUUUGGUUUUUUUCUUCUUUUCUUGCCAGUACAGACGAUAUGCCAAAAAAAAACCCACAAAAAAAAAAAUUAAACUUUUUGUACUGCAUUUUUACUGUAAAAUAUGUGAAAGGAAGAAAUAGAAAACUCUUUUUAUUUUAUUUUUGUCGCCGGCAGAAAAUGAUCUGCUUUUAACGGUACAGGAAAAAAAAAAAAAAAA